AUGCUUGAUAUGAACAAUUAUUAUCUCACAAACUAUGCCCAUUGCCCUCCACAAACUUCUAUCUUUGCAUCUUCCAACUACCUGACCUACGGCGUCCAUAUUGUAACAGCGUGUUCACUUUCAAUAUCUGCGUACGGCUUUUUUGUGUGAUUACGCUGACUCCAAAACAAGUUGGUAGUGGAAAAUGGUACCUGUUGAAUGUUCAUUCUUGCUCCACGAUUAUUGAUAUUGUAUUUAAUGUUCUUGCUCUUCCGUUUCUAUUUCUUCCGUCUGUCUCAGGAGUAAUGCUCGGCUGGGGUCAUUAUAUUGGAAUACCAUCUUGGUUUCUACUUUACUUUUUCCAAGGACUUACAAGUUUCUAUACUGGUACUUGUAUUGCUCUUUUCGAAAAUCGGCAAAACGCUUUGAAUACAAAAUGGAAAAUAAAGAGGCGGUGGAUAAGGAUUGUGUAUCACGUUAUCAAUACGUUGGUUGCAUUUGGUCCAGUUCUUCCGCCGUAUUUGGAGAGUUUUGAUAUUCAGGAAAUGGCGAUGGAAUUUUUGAAGGCUGUCCCAUGCCCAGCGCCUGAAUUCUUCGAUGCCCGUUUAUUCUUUGUUACCAAUCGACCACAACUUGUCACUGCAAUAAUGACCUUUCAAUCUUGUUUCUUACUACCACAGGGAGGAUUUUAUUCCAUGCAUACUUGGUAUCAUCUCGUCUAUUCCCAUAGCUCCCAAGUGUCCCCUGAAACUCGUAAAAUGCAAUUGAGAUUCUUCAUCGGCUCUUUCGUACAAGUAAUGAUACCUAUUUUGGUCUUGACGGUUCCCAUGUUUUUUGUGUGGUAUUCCCUGAACACUGGGUAUUAUAGUCAAGCUAUGAACAAUAAUAUUAUAUUCACUGCUUCAGCACAUGGAUUUUUGGCAAACAGCUGUAUGAUAGCUGUUCACAGGACUUAUCGAAACCAUUUUAUAAAAAUGAUCACACUUGGGAAAGUGGAUUUAGGCAAACCACGAACCGUAUCGAUUAUUGCUUCUUCUAUUAGAUCUAUGAACCAACAACCUAAUUUGAAUUG